AUGUCAAAUAUAUACAGCCAUAGACAGAUUGUUCCUGCCUCAACAACUGCUGCAACCCGUAUAGGUGAUUUACUGGAGGCUUUAAAGACUGAAAUUGAAACCCUUCAUCAAGAAUCUACAAUGUAUAAAAUGCAACGUGACGACCUUGAAAAUAAAGUUCAACAACAAACUGAAGAAGUUGCUCAUAUUCGUCAAGGAUUAUACGAUUUACAGGCUACUCAGAAAAAUAUAAAAGCACAAUAUGAUGAUAAUUUACGUGGACUUCAACGUGACUUAGAUACUCAAAGAUUACAUUCCCAUCCCUCUACCAGUUCUCAUCCACAACCAUCACAACCAUCACAUCCUCAGCCACCUCCACCAAAUAUUGGUCAAGGCCCAAAUAAUUUAUUUGGCGGAAUCAUGAGUGGUGCUCAGGCUGGCCCUCCUCCUCCACCACCUCAAAAUAUCUCUCAAGGUGCUGGAAAUCCUGCUCCUUCUCCUUAUCUAAAUGGUAGCGGUCCAAGCCCUUUAUCUCAACAAUCACAACAUUCUUCUAAACGUCAACGAAUAGAAGACGGUGGAGGUCCUCCUGGUCCUCCAAACCCUUUAGGAAUGCCUGUUAAUAAUCAACAGCCACCUUCUGGUAUAUACAGCAAUAAUGGUCUUCCGCCGCCACCACCGCCUCCUCCUCAACCUGGCCAACCACCAAUGAAUCAACAAAGUUACGGUAUGCAAGGAGUUGGACAAAGUAAACCAGGAAAUAAAAUGCCAAAAUCGGUAAACCUAAUGCAACAACAGAUGCCACCAAAUCUUGGACCUGAAGUUCCACAAAGUUCUGGAGUACCUCCUAAUGGUAAUGCACAACAUUCUGGUCCACCAUCUAAUAAACGUAAAAAUAAUCAAAAUACAAGUAAUCAAUUACAAUCAGGUAGUCGACCUCCAAUGAGGCAACCUUCAGUCAGUGGUGGUAGUACUGGUCUAAGUGAUAUGGAUCCUGAUAGUGUACCUGCUCAGCUUAAAAAAGAAGGAACUGAUUGGUUCGCAAUCGUUGUUUGUUGUGUUAAAUUCAAUUCGGACGGCAGCUUACUUGCAACUGGUUGUAAUCGAAGUGCACAAAUUUAUAAUGUUAAAACUGGUCAAAAGAUGUACGUUCUUGACGAUCCUAAUGUUGAUAAAACUGGUGAUUUGUAUAUUCGAAGUGUAUGUUUUAGUCCUGAUGGUAAUUAUUUAGCUACAGGUGCUGAAGAUAAACAAAUCAGAAUUUGGGAUAUUCAAAAACAAGCCAUCAGAAACAUUUUUUCAGGACAUGAGCAAGACAUAUAUUCACUUGAUUUUUCACGGGAUGGACGUACAAUCGUGUCAGGUUCAGGUGAUAGAACAGCAAGGAUUUGGGAUAUGGUAUCUGGCGAAUUGGUGAAUAAACUUUCGAUUGACGAACCUAGUACAAAAGAUGCCGGAGUAACAAGUGUGGCUAUUAGCCCUGAUGGUGCAUUUGUUGCAGCCGGUUCACUGGACAAAAUAGUGAGGGUUUGGGAUUCAAGAACUGGUUAUCUACUCGAAAGAUUGGAAGGUCAUAAAGACAGUGUUUACUCGGUUGCAUUUUCUCCAGAUGGUAAAACUUUAGUUUCAGGAAGUUUGGAUAAAACUUUAAGAUUAUGGGAUAUGGCUUAUAUAGGUAGAAAUCAAAGUAACUCUGGUCAAAAGAAUCAAUCUAAAUUAACAUUUAGUGGUCACAAGGAUUUUGUAUUAUCGGUUGCUGUUUCACCUGAUGCUAGAUGGGUUGUUUCGGGUUCAAAAGAUCGUAGUGUACAAUUUUGGGAUCCUAUCACAGCACAAACACAAUUUAUGUUACAAGGUUCUGGUGAUUGUAGAGCAAGAUUAUGGCUAUAUGAUGACAUGUAG